UAUUAUCACCAUCCUCUUCUUUAGGGUUACCUACCUAUUCUUCAUCAUAUUCUCUUUCUCCUAUUCUCUUCUAUUUUCUCUAUCUUCCAAUUUAAACCAUGGAUGAUGGAGAAGUUUCAAAUGCUGCUUUCCCUCUUCAUCACAACAACCAAACUCAUCAUCCAACUUCUAACAAUCCUCCACCUUUGAAAAGGAAGAGAAACCUACCUGGAAACCCAGAUCCUGAAGCUGAAGUGAUAGCCUUAUCACCCAAGACUCUGAUGGCGACAAACAGGUUCGUGUGUGAGAUUUGCCUAAAGGGUUUCCAAAGGGAUCAGAAUCUUCAACUCCAUAGAAGAGGACACAACCUUCCAUGGAAGCUGAAGCAGAGAACAACAAAAGAAGUAAGGAAGAGAGUGUACGUGUGCCCGGAGAAAAGCUGCGUCCAUAACCACCCUUCAAGAGCCUUAGGAGACUUAACAGGGAUCAAGAAGCACUUUUGCAGAAAGCAUGGGGAGAAGAAGUGGAAGUGUGACAAGUGCUCAAAGCGUUAUGCUGUACAAUCAGAUUGGAAAGCACACUCCAAAACCUGUGGUACCAGGGAAUACAAAUGUGACUGUGGAACCAUCUUUUCACGGAGGGACAGUUUCAUCACACACAGGGCUUUCUGUGAUGCCUUAGCAGAAGAAACAGCAAGGGUAAACGCAGCAUCAACCAUAAACCACACAUUAUUAGGUGCUAACAACAUUGCUUACACCCUCAUGCAGCAGCAAAAUCAUCAUCCUUUGGUUCCUAAUAACAUGUCAACCCAUUUCUCUUCAAUUUUCAAGCCAAUUUCUUCAUCCACUACUGAUGAAAUAAGCAGCAAUAGCCAAACAUCUUCUAGACCCUUAUCCCUUUGGAACAUGGGUCAUCACCCUCAUGACACAACAACAAUAAUGCCAAUUACUCACAACAAUUUGCAUGAUAUUCAUCACCAAAUUGGAUUUGCUACAAACCCUCCUCCACCAUCAAUUUGGAUGUUUGGAAACAAACAUCCCUCCAAUGGAAGCCAGCAAGAGAUAAUAACUAGCACUACAAGUGCUAAUUCACUUCCAUUAAUGAACAUUGUCAAGAAUAAUAAUAAUAACAAUAAUAGUAAUAAUAAUAACAAUAAUAAUCAUGUUGCAAACCAGCUUGUAAGUGUUCCUUCGUUGUAUAGCACCCAACACCAAUCCCAUGAUCAUGAUCAAACAACAACAACAUCUUCAUCAGCAGCAAACAUGUCAGCCACAGCUUUAUUGCAAAAAGCGGCUCAAAUUGGAUCAACUUCUUCAACUGAUCCAUCAUCAUUUCUUGGGAGCAUAGGUUUGAAAUGCAGUAACAAUAAUAACCAAGGGCAAGAUGGGAAUAACAAAUUUUGUGGGAUUUACAGUUCAAGUUGGAGUGAGCCAGAGAGCUCUACGGGUGAUUUGACACAAAUGCCCCCUACAAAAAGAAUGCGUGUGCAGAAUGAAGAUGGCAGUGCAGGGGGACAAACUAGGGAUUUUCUCGGUGUUGGCGUGCAAACCAUUUGCCACCCUUCAUCUAUCACUGGCUGGAUUUGAUGAUUUAAUUUUUAUCUUGUAUUCAAAUGUGAAGCUCUUUUUUCUUUUUGUUAAUUAAUUACUUUUAUCGUCCCGUUUUUCACUUUAUCGCAAUGGAAGGGAAAAGAAUCAUUAUAAUAAACAUGAAUAUUGGAGAUGAAUAA